AUGCUCCUAACACUUCACACACAGCUUGUCAUCGUUGCAUUGAGCAUUCGACCGCGGCACAAGGAGCGGAUCUUCCAUUAUAUAUGGGCUAUUCCACUGUUGGCGGGCGCCAUCGCCUACUAUGCGAUGGCAUCUGACCUCGGCUGGGUGGUUGUCCGACAAUCCCAUCACCUCCGCCGCGGCUUCACACGCCAGAUAUUCUGGCCCAAGUACGUGUAUUGGAUUGUUGCCUUCCCGGCCGCGAUACUAGCUCUCGGUCUCCUGAGCGGCGUUACUUGGGCUACUAUCGCAUACGGGAUUGGUCUAUCGUGGAUUUGGGUUAUAUGCUAUUUAAUUGCCGCCUUCACAUCGACGAGAUACAAAUGGGGCUUCUUCGCAUUGGGGACGCUUGCGUGGCUAAUUCUCUUCAUCGGUUCGUUCACGCACGGUCGCCGAAUCGCCGCCCGUAAUAAUAUCAGUGGCCAUUACACUCUUCUCUCUGGCUGGCUUCACCUACUAUGGCUGCUCUACCCCAUUGCCUGGGGUCUAAGUGAUGGAGGCAACGUGAUUGGUGUGACCUCGUCGUUCAUCUUCUUUGGAAUCUUAGAUGUCUUGAUGAUACCCAUCUUGGCCUACGCGUUUAUCGGGUUAUCAAAAUCCUGGGACUACGGGCGACUGGGCCUCAAUUUUACCCGGCAUGGUCGCGGAUACGCCGGUCCUUACGAUGAAAAACGUGAGGCCUCAGGCGCGAUAGCCUCCGCACCAGCUACUGCGACCACGCAGGUUCCGGCCAGUAAUCCCGUCCAGCCGUAA